CGAACAAUUCACGAAUCGGACACAGCUAGUAUGACGUGUAUGUCGGUACCUUCAGUAACAACCGCGUUAGAGAACGACUUUCAUCGGUGAAGUGUGCCGCGGUCAGCUGCUGCAGGACAUGUCAAUUAUAUAUGAUAGACAUCACGAAAUUCUGCUCCGGUGGCUGCGCUCAACAGCCGAGACGUCGCUUUAGGCGGAAAAGGAAAGAAUCGGAAGGUCUGUAUUCCACUCCACGCUGCAGACAAAAGGCGGAGGAUGCGCGAUGCCGUGUUUGCGGAAAUGUUCGUAAGAAUAUACAGAAAUCAAAGACGUGCCGCGGUCCGGUUUUAGGUGGAGCUGUCUUCAAUGACAAACCUGCACCGAAGAUGAGGAAGAGUGUUGAUAAUGGCUUCAUUGCUGAAGUUACCAUACGGCUGCUGCUUUUAGCUGUGUUUAUCGUAACAGAGCACCUGCCUCCUUUCAGCCGAGAGAUCCAGCCUGAGGAACUCUGGCUUUAUAAGUUCCACCCGGUCAAAAGGGACCAUGUGCCUACCCGCCUCAUGUUUACCAUCGCCCUUUGCACUCCAUUGGCGGUUAUUUUCUUCUUCGCCUUCUUGAAACAAGGUGGAAAAGAUGUUAAAGAAGCAUCUCUGGCUGCAACUUUGACGCUGGUGUUGAAUGGAGUUUUCACGAAUGCAAUCAAGCUUGCCGUGGGCAGGCCACGGCCUGAUUUCUUCUACCGAUGUUUUCCGGAUGGCCAGAUGAACCCGGAGCUUCACUGUAGCGGUGACCCCGAUGUAGUAAUGGAGGGCAGGAAAAGCUUUCCUAGUGGACACUCUUCCUUUGCUUUUGCUGGUCUGGGCUUCACUGCCUUAUAUGUGGCUGGAAAGCUGCACUGUUUUAGCCCUUUAGGCCGGGGUAAAGCCUGGAGGUUGUGUGCCUUCCUCACCCCCCUUCUCAUUGCCGUCUUGAUCGCCCUUUCCAGAACAUGUGACUACAAACAUCACUGGCAAGAUGUGUUGGUGGGGUCUCUCCUCGGCUUAGCUUUUUCUUACUUAUGUUACCGACAACAUUAUCCACCUCUGAACGACUCAGACUGCCACAGACCCCUCCGACCGAGAGAGCCACCGGCACCCACGCAAGAGCGCAAGCAGACCAACCAAGGCUACCUUUUACCUUUGUAGGGACUUAAAUUCUGCUACACCCAACUCAGACCAACAAUUUAAUACUGUGUGAAUGUACCUUACAGCUGACUUGGGAUACAUACGCCUUCUAAUGUCAGUGGCUGCGAUUAUGUCUCUUUAUGCGUGCUACCAUCCAACGGGUAAUGGUUUUUGCCUUUCUGUACUGUUGUAGACAUUCCCAAUGAAUGUUUUGUGUGUUGUAGGCCUGUCUUUUUGAAAACUAUUUAUCAUUUGUAUCUCUUUGAAAUGUAUAUGUAAAAUAUCCCAGUGAGAGACCUCAAUGUAUGUUAAAACAGCUUCUAGGUCUAUUUUACAAUACAGCAGACAUAUUUAUGGAACUCUUGUGUACGCACAAAGGAAAUUUUCUCCCAGUAUCUUUGUCAAUAAAGUUUGUGAUGAUUUGUAUGUAUCGGCUGAAUUGUGGUCAGAUCAUUGGACGGUGUGUCAAGACUAUACCCUAUAGAAUAGAGCAAUAUUUGCUAUGAGGAGGACUUUGGCCAGUGUGCUGUUUACUGUUCAUAGAUAAGGUGGUGCAGUUUGGAACAUCAUCAUCAAAACAAUGUCCUAAAAAUGUGUCAGUAUCAAUAUAGUUGCAUUAUUGUCUAGUUAGAUCAAUAUGAACCUAAAGAUUUUAAGUUCAUGCUACUGGUUUUCAAGGGUAUACCUCCAUUAAAAAACACUUGGCUGAAUUUGUUUGUUAUUAAAAUGAAUUAAAAUAAAAGUUAUUAAAAUAAA